CUGCAACACCGCCGCAGCCAUCACCCGUUCUCGGGCGCCACCUACCGGCCCCGAUCCGCUCGAUCCGUGCGCUCCCCGGCGCAGCGUGAGGAAGGGGCCGCCCCCUGGGCUCGGGCUGACUGACGGCAGGGGCGGAGCGGCGCCGUGCAGCGGGCAGCAUGGCGGCCACCACGGCUGCGGGAGGGCUGCGGCCCGCGUCCUGCCCUCGUUUGCUGAGGGCGGUGGGGGCCCGCGGCGGGCUACCGUGGCCGCGGGGCGGGAGGGCGGCGGCGGCGGGAUGGAGCCGGCCGGAGCCCGGUGGAGAAGCGCAGUACUGCGCCGAGCUGCUGCGAAAGCGAGACUAUGAAGGGUUUCUCUGUUCUCUGCUGUUGCCUGCAGAAUCUCGAACCUCUGCUUUUGCCUUGAGAGCCUUCAACGUGGAACUGGCUCAGAUUAAAGACUCCAUAACUCAGAAGACUACAGGUUUGAUGCGAAUGCAGUUCUGGAGGAAAGCUGUGGAAGAUAUAUACUGUGAUAACCCACCACAUCAGCCAGUUGCUGUAGCACUGUGGAGGGCUGUUAAGAGGCAUAACCUGUCUAAAAUGUGGUUCACGAAGAUUAUUGAUGAAAGAGAGAAGAAUUUGGAUGAUAGAGCAUACCGUAACAUCCAGGAGCUUGAAACGUAUGCUGAGAACACUCAGAGUGCUCUCUUGUACCUCACAUUGGAAAUGCUGGGUGUGAGGGACAUCCACGCUGACCACGCAGCCAGUCACAUUGGGAAAGCACAGGGCAUAGUUACCUGCUUGAGAGCUACUCCGUAUCAUUGUACAAGACGAAAGGUCUUUCUGCCCAUGGACAUUUGUAUGUUGCAUGGAGUUUCACAAGAGGAUUUCAUAAGAUGCAAGCAAGAGAAGAAUGUAAGAGAUGUAAUUUAUGACAUCGCCAGCCAGGCCCAUAUUCACCUAGAACACGCUAGAUCUUUCAAUAAGAAAGUUCCUGUGGAGGCAUAUCCUGCUUUUUACUAUACGGUUGCUUUAGAUGAUUAUUUAUAUAACAUACGGAAAAUGGACUUCAAUAUAUUUCAUCCAAGCUUACAAAAGAGGAAUACACUAUUACCGUUGUAUUUAUAUAUUAGAACUUGGAAAAAAACAUAUUAAAAUUGUCUUAAUAUGAAGUUUAGAUUGCUGUGUUUUUUCUCUUUAGUGUCUUAACUUGGUAGAAUGGUUAAGUGUCUGACUUCACACUUCUGCAAACUGUAGAAACUGCUGUUCAUGGGAAGUAGCGGAUGUGCAUGAACUGUAGCUGUCAGCUUGCUGGCAGUAGUUAAGUUUGUUCUUGGAAUACGAGGCUGAUAUCUCUGCUUCACGUGUCUGCCAAGUCAUCUGUCCUUGUCUGAGAUGACUUCCCUUGUCUCUUUCCUUGUAGUAACAGCACUAUGAUAGAGUUUUUCUUGGAUAAAUUCUGUACUAAUGGAUACUUCUAACAGUUUACACAUUAAUGACAAAAAAAAAACAACACCAAAAAAAACCUUUGUGCCCCAAAGCAGCGAAGCUGUUUCAGCAAAUAUAUUGUAUAUUAGCUAAGCAAUUCUAUUUAGGGCAAAGAGCAAACUUUUUGCAAUAUGAUGCUUCGUAGUUGAACGAAUGACCACAUAUAUUUGGAUGUAAGAAAACUGUCAGGAAAAGCUUCAGCUUUCUUAAUUAUCGAGUGUUUAUGUAGCACUUCAAGAUGGUAAAAUCAGUCAGAGCUGUAGCAGAGAAAUUAUUUAACUGCAUGUUGAGGUUGAACUUUGAAGUAACUCUAGGCAGUAGGAGGAUAGCUUUACAGCAGAUAAGGAGAAUUCUUACACGGUUUUUAUUUCUAACUCAGCCAGAUACUUUCACUGUGCUGUGAGCUUGGCAUUGUCUUCCUCCUGCUCCUUCCUCUCUCCGUUAUCAGCCACAGCUGUCACUGCCGUGUGGGUCCGAGUGCCCGUUUAUUCACAUUCGCUGUGUCUCUCAGGACGCCCUCCUGUGUGGCUUCACUGAAUUCUUUCUCUUUAGUACUCUUAAGAAAUAUAUUCUUGAACGUGCCGGGUCAUUUUAGUCCUCCCUCUCUGCAAAUGUACUGCUCUGUUUUUUGGUGGAGAAUUACAGGGAGCUUUGUACUCAGCAUCUCUUAAGAUCAAGCUUUAAGUGCAAAACACUUGCUUGACUUGUUUUUUGGAGGAAUAAUACUUCCUAACAUCUGGCUUGAUUCAGUUGCACAGAUCCCGUAGUCUCCUCUGCCAUCAUCCUCGUUCUAUUAAAUAGCUUUUAUCCUAGAUACUUUUUUUUCAUCAGAAUUAAUCCCCCCAGAUGCUUGGUUGUAUAACAGCAUCCUGUAUUUUAGUGUACAAUGCUACGUAGCACAUUUCCGAGAGCAAGAUUGGUGGCUUUUUUAACCACAGAAUGUGCUAGUGUGGUGGAAGUCUCAGGAACCCAACGUUAAAUCCUUCAUUCAGUGGUUUUGUUAUAUAUGUUUGAAGUUGGUUUGUGACAUAGAUCUUAGUUAAUUCUGCAGUUUCCUAUGCCUGAGUAAAACAUUUCUCUUUGAAUUUGUUCAGCUCAUCGUCUUGCUUUUGGUACUAGAAGUGUAAUAGUCACAAAUAAAAAUCUGCAUAUACUGGCUCAAGAGUCCACUGGACUAUUUUCUGAAAGUAAAAUCUUAACUGGCUCUGUCCACUUCUCAGGUCAGCUGCUGUAUCUCAGCGUUGCUGUUCUUGAAUCGGGCAGAGGAGUCUGGCAAAAAGAAAAUACUCUCUUCCACUGCAGGCACCACAGCUCUUCCUGCCAAGUUAAGAGCAAAGGCUUAAGCUCUGUUGCUACUACCAGGCCAGCUGCACGUUCACUCUGUUUAUGUUCUGGAGAAAGCAUUACAAAUGUCUCUUUCUGCAGUUGGUCCUCGUUUUGUUCCUAGCGUGCUGAGUCAGGACAAUAGAAGCAGCCCCGUUUUUCCUUUCAAAUGGAAUCACUCUCCUGUAAAGUUAACUUUUGGCAGGAACUUAGUACAGUAACUCAGUGUCUAUGGAGGAGGAGGAAAAGAAGAAAAAAAACAUGCAGUAUAACAAGUGCAUUGAGUUGCUACAGUGAUAGCUUGCUUCCAAGCCGCAAGGCCAGUGCUUUGCUUUGGUGUUGAAGUGGAAGAAAUGUUGACAAUGUGCUUACAAAGGAAGCGGUGGAAAGACUGAUCCGUUCUAAUGUGAAAAAGAAACCGUGUGAUGCAGUAAAUGGUAAGCGUGGUGAGAGGAACUUAUCAGUGAAUUAGUAAACAAGAUAUGGAGUAACCAAAUUCAAGUUACGAUUUCAGUCACAAGAGAUUUGUGAGUGACCUCAGAAAGUAAAACAGUUUGAAAUGCAAGUGACAGGAGGCUGCCUGAACAAGCAGCUGGUGUCUCAUUUGUAUCCUUCAAGGAACAGUUUUCUUUCCUGGAUGGUUGUGCCAAAUUCGGCCCUUAGAAGCUGGGUUGUGAAUGGGAGCAUUAAACACCUGUCACACAAGGUAGCUGUAGUAUGCGUGCUUUCACUAGUACUAUCCCAUUUUAUUUCUUCAUACCCAUUGGUGGCACGGGAGAAAUUCUGCUCAUCAGUUCUGAUAAUUUGUAAUUCUGCAUCCUACAAAAAAUAAAUCCUCCUACUUCUGCUUUUUUUGUUGGAUCUGUCAAAAUACCUUCUUACAGUGAUGUUAACCUACUAGUAGUUCAUAUCAGAAGAAAACUAGCGUGUUGCUAGCUGCUAAUUACAUGUCUGAAAAUAAUUUCCAUGCCUAAUUGAAUCGUUUAAUUAAUUUAGCUCUUGUUAAGCAGCAGUCUAGCUGCUGGUAUGCUCAGUUGCCUUACGUGUUUUGUGCAUCUAUUUGAUCAUUAAAGUCUUGUUUUCUUUUGGUUAAGCA